UUCAGGAAUUAGUUGCAUUGGGCGGAGUGGUUAGUACAGAAAGUAGAGGUCUCUCUGCUGAUACACUUGCUUCCUUACCUUCAGUAACUUACAACACAAAAGACAUGCAAGACGGCAACACAGAACAAUGUGUAAUUUGUCACGUGGGAUUGGAGGAAGGUGAAUCCUUGGUUGCACUUCCCUACAAGCAUUCAUAAUCAUACCACCCUGACUGCAUUAACCAGUCAAAUAAAUAAGAGAGGUAAUUCAAGUCAGCUAUGAUGUAAAGGGAUUGUGUUUCCUUGGUAGAGGCCACAAGUAGUUCAGCCAGCAACGAAGUUGAAUUUGAGGUUUCCUUGUGCAAGGGUAUUAAUCUGACAUCCACAAGGAAAAUGUAUUAAUCUUGUGCAAAGGUAUCAAUAUGACUUGUGUAAGGAAAAUCUAUUAAUCUGUGUGUUGUUUCCUUGCUACAUUACUUAAGUUGUAUAUAUCGUGCCUCCAUGCCAGAGUCCUACCAGUAGAUUGUAUCUUGUUGAUCCCAUAUUGGCAGAGGAUUAUGUGCACACUAGCGUAGUGCCCGUGCGUUUGCUAUUGAACCGCAAAAACUGAUUGCAGUUGUAUUUGAUUAGUACUCCCUCCGUUCCUAAAUAUAAGUCUUUGUAGAGAUUUCACUAUGGACUAUGUAUGAAGCAAAAUGAGUGAAUCUACACUCUAAAAUGCAUCUAUAUACAUCCGUAUGUGGUCCAUAGUAGAAUCUCUAAGACUUAUAUUUAGGAACGGAGGGAGUAGUAUACAACAGCCAAUGCACUUGUUGCUUGACAUCAUAAAAAGCAAUACACCAUAACCAUAAAAACACUAAGAACACCAAGUAUCAACCAAUGGCACGUGUCAUGGCUGGAUUCUGAAAUUUGAAAGUUAGGAUGACGGGCAUAGGGAGGAGGGGUGGCCGGGAGACGGGGAUUGGGGAGCAGGGGUUGCCGGGAAAAAAAAUCAUCGACAAAUUGACUGGUUGGUUUGUGUUGGCAUUGUUAAAAAAAAUCUUCCGAUUCGGCGAUUAAUCUUCCGAUUUAUCGUCUAUCUCAAGUGGUGGUGAUCGACUCCACGAAUAGCCUGAACCUGAGAAAUGUAGAUCUGCAAACGGGAACUUCCUGUUGUCUUGAAUCAGGUCUGCUGCUCCAGCUCCCCUCUUUCGUUGCUUUCGGCUAAGCAUCUUUCGGCGGCGGAAAGAAGGCGACUAGUUGCUUUUAGUGAAGCAGCGAGUUCAUGGGCAAGUGAAUGAAUGAGCAGCGAGUGAAGUGCAACAGUGGUAUGCGCAAUGUGUAGCGCAGAAGUUUCUACCUCAACAAACAAGCAGGCAUGACCAACAGUUGGCACUUCAAGUUAGGAAAAGGAAGUUGUUGGCACUUGGGAGUAUGCAGUAGCGGCAUCAUUAUAUUAUCCCUGAUGUUUAAACUAGAGUAGCAAAAACUUGUACAAACUUGCGAAGGGACGAACUUGUACAAAUUAUCUAAUGCUUUAGGCCGUGGUCGGACUCCCCCCGCUCUGCGCUGGAGCGGAGUGGCUUGCUAGGUAUAAUCUGCAGAGCUGCUAAAAGGGAGCUUCGCGGAGCGAAGGGAGCUUCGUCGGCUUCGCUCCGCGGAGAGCAGCCGAACAGGUGCUUAGUCUUCAGUCGCAGAGAUAUACUGGAAAAUAUUUGAUUAUUAGUUAUGGCAGAAACUUUCUUUGAAAAGUUUAAUGAUUAUUCAUUAAUGCACAAAGAUAUAUUGGGAAAUAUUUGAUUGAUAUAUGUAUUAGAAUGUGAAUAAUUGGUAAAAAAUUAAUAUUGGCUUGUAUAUUAGGCUGUAAAUAAACACUAAUUAAUAUUUUUAUUUGGCUGUAAAUAAACACUAAUUAAUAUUUUUAUUUGGCUGUAAAUAAACACUAAUUAAUAUUUGCUAUCUGAGAGUUAAUUUUGUUCUAAAAUAGGGCUGCAGCAGACGCUAUAAAUACAAACUAUCUUUGUUCGUACAGAGCACCAGCUUUUGCGUAUUGUCUACUUCCAAAAGACGUACUUGUCUCGGCAAAAUACAUACCUCGUGCAAACGACCGACCGGCGAAAGGAUGGGACGAUCGGGAGGCCUACCCAACAUUGGAGGCACCGGGGAGAACUCGACCCGACCAGCAAAUCCGUACGGCCACCUCAUCACCCAUGCUUCGGCUACUGCAGGAGCGUGGACAAUUAGCCGAGUCCCUACAAGUGCAACCUUCGCCCAUCUCGGUCCUUUUGGAGGUGGCUCGUCGCGCGUUCGUUUUUCGGCCACGGGUUUCUCCCCCGUCCAGAGCUCCCAGCUUGUUGCCCCCCUCACCGGCCAUGCCAUGCCGGUGCAAAGCAAUAAUGACAUAACUCGUAAUCUGCUUCAGAGGAACGGUGUUUCAGCGCCUUCGGCUAUGCUACCUCGGAGGAAUGGUGUGUCCGAGUCUUCAAAUAUGCUGGCUCGGAGUGACCACCAUUUCUCCUUUCAAUGGCCGCAAGCACUCUUUGCGUCCCCGAGCAACGCCAUCAACUCCGAAGUGUCGGUGCAGAUUCAUCCCAACUACUACCCCGGCUCCAUUUUGGUGAAUCGUCCUGUGCAACGUCAACCUCCAUGCACUUGCACAGGCCGCUCAUUUUCAGAGUUUCUGGCACAACCACGACAGGAGGUGCCCAUACAGUUCCGCAUGGAGCACGGUGUCCCUAGUGGCCCAAUCUUGGCGGUUUCCAAUCCUCUUACCACUUCGUCGGUGCUAGGAGCGUCGGGAUCAAGCCGAGCACAUAGUGUCGGGCUGCUCAACAGCGUUCGCUCCACUCACCGUGGCGCACUUACACAAGAAGCGGGCAACAGAUUUGUGCAGCGAAGAGAGCCGUUUGGUCGCAGUGAUGAGCUAACGGGCUUAAACGGCGGUCUCCUCCACGGGCAUGCGCUUCUUGCGGGCACUGGAUCCGUGCAACAUACGAUCCGUGCAACACCUCUUGGAAGCCCCGGAUCGGUGUCGCGCAGACAUCCUACGGGUAUGUUUGCUAGCACGACACGGGGUGGCGACCGAGUGACCGCGGCAAUGACAAACGAUCCCAUGGUGUGGCGCCUGACUAGGAUGGUUAGAAUUAGAGAAACUAUGACCAGAGCCCGCGCAGACAUCCUUGCAGCUGCUCGUGGUCGUGGGAGGCAAGAUGGUGCAAACCAAGAGCUGUCCGACUAGACCAAUUAGCAAAGAAUAUGAACCUUGCCGGUCGGCGCAUAUCUUCCAUCGGCGUGAAGAAUAAAUCUUAGAUCUGUUUUACUCUAUUGAAAUUUCAUUUUAAAUAAAUGGUCACUAGACCAAUGCCAUGUUUUCUACAGUUUAUUACUAUAUCUACAUGUAAGACGAUUUUAAUUUAUUUAUUUGA